GAGCUUCUCUCUCUACAUUUUCUCUCUCUAGUUUCUCUCUCUAGUUUUAUCUCUCUAAAAUUUCGACAGAUCAUAACUUUUGAUCUGUAACUCCGAUUUAGGAUCCGCGAAAAGCUAUGCAUUCAUCUUGAUGCCCUAUUUCUAUUCAUAAAGGUUUGAGUUAGAUCCAACGGUAAUUUCUAGAAGGCUAGUAUUAGGAGGCUCGGUUUACGAUCGGUAUUCUAGGAGGUGAUUUGUAUUGUAAAGAGAAGUAUUUAGAUUUUGAUGAGCCAAAGUGGGUUGGACGAGCCUAGAAUGAAGAGCCUAGAUGGAAGAGUUUAUUUACAUUCUGCUUUGUAACACUCACACCUCAAAUUCGGGGUCAGGUGCUUAAAAUCCACCGACACCUGGUCCGGGGUGUGACAGGUUAGGAAAACCAGUGUUGGGCCCCUCUACCGCACUCUAUACCAGGCCACCAUGCAUUCUUUUGAGACUAGCAUCUCUGGCCCUUUUUGUAUCCUUGAUUUCUGGAUUCAAACCUACUUCCCAUUCUUCCGCCGCGACGAUAUUUCGUUGCUACCUUCGGCUGACGCUCUUCUUGGUUAGUGGUUCUGUCGCGAGGAGAGGUACAUAUCCCCAUCCUAUUAUGAGUGUUUCUCAUAUUUGUACCUCCUGCACGAAAUGCCCUAUUGCGACUUAGUACUCAAUAGGAAAUUCCCUCUCCUCUUGAAAAUGGGUUCCUUCAUGGAGCCCCUAAUUAUAGCGAUCGCGCGCGUUUGGCUUUCCACCGCGUGAUCUCUUGCUCAGACAUUAGGCUUGCAUCUGAUGACCUUAGCUAUGAGCUUUAUGCUCCCAACCACUUGGCUCGCCAGUUUGUCCUUAUCCAACUAGUGCCAUUCCCCUUCUAUGAUGCUUGGAACUACAACACUUCUUAGCGCAGAAAUGGCCCCUUGACAAGGCCUCCGCCAGUACAAAGCAUGCUCGUGUUGGUUGACCUCCCUGAAUGGGCUAAUAACAUCGACCCCGUGGAUGGGACUGCUGAAGAUUAUGAUCAAUGGUGGUCAGAAAUUUUCGUCAACUGCUGGGGACAGAGGGAUGACAAGCUCUUCGCGACCAUUUUGAAGAACUGCGAUAUCCCUAUGAUGCUGAUACCGAGCUACUUGCCCGCUUUCCUAAAGCUGAGACACGACUUCCGCUACUUGAACCGGCUCCUCAAAUCGGGGGAGCCCCGCGCCCGGUCCAAGCUGGGAUCGUCAUCCGCGAGCCUCCUUAGGAGGGAAGAGCUCCAUCCUCUAGCAGUCAUGCAGUUGAUGUUUCCCCGACCGCGAAGAAGAAAACGAUAGCGAUAGAGCUUGAAGUCGAAAACUCUUCCUCUGACGAUGAUGACCCACAAACAAUUGCUACUGCUUUAGCCCACAAUCACAGUUGCGCUGAUCCCCGGACUGACCCAUGGGCAGAAGAUGAACCCAUCGCUGACCGACUGGUCAUCAAGGCAAGUUGGAGAAGGAUCCUCUGUUGCUGGCGAAGGUGUGUCUGGUUCGCAAACCAAGAGCCAAUUGAUCCUGCAAACAAUAUGCAGUUGGUUUUGGUCCCCAUACAGGUUAUCGAUGACAGCCCACCUGAGGUUGAAGAAAGGGUGUCGCUCCCAGACAUCUCCCAUGGGCAUCCAACUGCCCUCCUUCUGGAACAAGCAGGGCCUGAUUCAAUUCAAGCGCCCGGUGAGGUUGCCCAGGAACCUGUGCUUACAUCAAUUCUUCAUGAACUACCUGCUGAAGAGGACCCAAAUGCCAUUCCAAACGAGGAAGCGGCUGUCACAGCAGGAGAGAUAGUGGUCGAGAAUCCUACUGAACUUGUCCUUGAUGUAGUUGGUCAGGAGCAUGCCCCCUAUGCUCCCCAAGCCAUUGAAGCCGGGGAGGCAGGAGAAAACCCUGAACCAAUGCCAGAGGCAGUACCUGUUGAGGAGCCUCUAGAGGCCCUUCCAGUUGCUGAGCAACCGCCUCCGUCCACUUUAGAACGGCUAGCUCGCUUGCUCAAAGUGACCCCUCCUUGGGUAGUAGAUGAUGCCCGAGAAGGCCUACGUCGCCUCCUGGGUCCUGAUAUUCUAAUUCCUUGCACGCCCGCGAGAGUUUUGGAAUAUCUGAGGGUGCUUCUUUGCGAGAGGGUUAUCACUGAAGACCAAUAUCAAGAGGUUGACGAGCUGCUGCAAAAUCUUCCCCAAGGGCUCAAUGAGAGAGCGGUCGCGACCGCGCAAACCAGGCAGACCGAAACACAUUUCCAGACUCUUGCUCAACAAACUGACGCUGCGCGUGAUUUCUUGGGUGACCGAGCUAAUCUUAUCAGGGAAUUGACUCUCAAGAGGAACCACCUGUGGACCCAAAUCCAAGAUCUUCAGGCCCGAUUAACUGAUGUGAUGGCUAGGCUUGCCCAAGCGGAACCUCAAUUGGAGCAACCCUUUACAGCUUUCGAGACGCUGACCCAUGACUUGGCCCAGGCUCAUGUAGCAACCCAACAGGCCACGCAAGCCGCCGCUGAUGCUAGCUUUCACCUGGAUAAACUUUUCCUCCGCUUAACUCGUGUAGGCCGGAGACUUUUAGGCCUCCGAUAUUAGGCCCAUUAGCUUAUGUGAACAAUAUUACUACCGAUAAAUUAAUUAUUUAGCCCACUUUGUUGGCCCAAAUUUAUUUAUCUCGUAAGUAAUCGUUUUGUUCAACGCUUUAACUGCACGAACACAGUUUCAAAAGAUAAUCUAAAAAAGGAACGGUUACCUCCUCGGAGACCGCUCUUUCGUCCACGGGUAUUCAAUUCCGUUUAUUCCCGAGAUCUCAGCAUUGAAUUCUAUUGAUAUUCCCGUUGAUGGAGUUGAAAUGUCUUCAACUGCCCAUAUCUAAAGGUUGAGGCCACUGAGGUAGGCUUCUCUAAAUAUCAAUAACCUUGAUAGAAGAAAAACUUACACCAACAUGGCUCACCCAGCAAUGACCUUGCAAGCCCUUCUCCUCUUCCUACUAUCUCUCAAAUCUUCUCCAUACGAUCUCACCCUUAGCCUCUAGCUCUUAGGCUUUAUGGCUUAAUCUCACUGCCUGUGUAGGCCUUAUGGUCUAAUCUCAAGCAACUUCGUGUCUUUGGUCUAUGAAAACUUGGAUGGAACAUCCUAGGUUUUGGAUAGGUUGAAGAACACGAAGGGCUCCUAACGCGGGGCACCACAAUCUGGGGAGUCCCUCUCCUCAUAUUUCUCCGCGCGGAGCAACGCGAAGAAGGGAGGAAGGCCACUUUGAGGCCGACCAUUCUUCUUCUGCGGCCUACCUCCGGGGUCUAAUGAACCACCUUCUGUUUUCCUUUGGAGGUAGAUGAGGCAGCUGGGUCGCACUCCGGUGCUGAUUUUGUCCCCAUCCAGGAGGAUAACGAAAUGGGAGGGUUGCGAUGGAUUAUUUCCUUCCCUCUCCUUCCAGUACAGAUCAUAGCAGCUGCGACUCAGAUCAGAGGAGGGUGAAGAGAGGAAGAGUAAGAGUGAAUAUCUCAUCAACCCUUCUUGCCGGAAGAUCCGAAAACUCAUAGAAGACAUGAAUCCUUAUUAGUUGUUUCAGCCACUUUCUGGCUUUGUAUAUUGUUAAUGUAACUUUCUGGG